AUAUACAUAUGUGUAUAUGUAUAUAUAUAUGUGUGCAAUACCCAAACCAGUAAAGUGCCCUCUACCUGCUGUAGUGUUUGAUUGAAUGAAUUAACACUACUGGAUAUACCGUGGCGUCUGGACAGGAACAAUUCAUAAUCUAUAGCAGGAACAAGAAUCCAAACUAAAGCCGUUGUCGUUCACUUGCAGCCUCCGUCUGCCAGUUUAGAGGAGUGAGGAGUCAGCAGUUAAUGGCUGUAUAAAACAGUCAAUAAAACAGGUUUUUCAAAAAUUGUGAAUCACUGUAACCACGUUAGGCCCUUGAGCAUACAGCCCAGAAAAAUAUUAGGCUAUUGCUUCCAGUAGUAUGCAAGAUUAGCUAUAGACAGACAGACAGACAGACACGCACACACACACAACAAAAACACAUGAUCCCCUCCAGGCUUACACCUGGCAGAGAGACAAAUUGGUGUUGUCAGUUUAUUCAUUUUCAUAUUGAAUUUGAUGUUAAUUACUUUUAGAAAGCUUUACAUCCCUGACAUGUUGUGUCUGCAUUUGCAGCUACUUUCUCUCCUAGUUGUGUCUGAACAUGUCUCCCUCUUCUAACUCCUUCUGUGUGCAUAUAUCUCUCUCUCUGUGUUACAGUUCCUUGUAAAAUCGUCCGCUCAGGACGUCUCGUUGACCCUUCCCUUUACUGUUCCUACGGUGACGUCAAUGACAUCACUGCUGCGCCAGGGGGAGGGGCUCAUCACCAACCCUCACCACGUCAUAUUGGUCCUUGGAGCGCUGCAGUUGGUGCCCCUCCACCACUUGACCCCAACCGUCUACCAAUCGGCGUUCCUUGCGGUUCAUGAGGCGCUGUUCGCCAUCAUCCAGUGUCAUCCUCAGGUGAUGUUGAACGCAGCUCCGUCAUUCUUAAAUGUCUUCUAUCGUCUGGUGGCGUCCAUCAUGCAGGAGGGUCGGCAGAGAGGAGACAGUGACACAGACGGGGACGUUUAUCUCCAGUGCUCCAGGUUGAUAGAGAGGAUGUACUCUCACAUUGCUGCUACAGCCGAGAGCUUCACCACACUGUCGGCCUUCAUGGUGGCUCAGUAUGUCACAGAGCUACAGAAGGUUACUCUGCGACCAGACGUUAAGCUGCAUCUGACUGAGGGCAUCUACCGGAUACUGGACCUCUGUGUGGAGCAGGAUAUCAAGUUUCUGACGGCUGGACUGCAGAUGGGAGUCAGAGAGGUGUUCAAUGAGCUGUACAGCAGCUACACCCACUACCACAAAGCACAGAGGCAGGGAGAGGACAAGUACACCGUUUGAACAAGCACGCUCAGCAUUUAUUUUAGAUUUCAAUUUGAUUCUAUUCGGAUAAACUUUCUUGCUAUGGAAAGACUUUGUUUAUAUUCAAUUUCUGCUUUUGAAUGGGAUGAAAUCCUGGUAUGGGAUGAAUAUUUUGAAAUAAGACAUGGCAGCUUGUGGAUACCUUAUGAUGUCCACAGAGUUUAAACACAGUUGUCCUUGUUGUUAAAAUUGGGAAAUUGUACAGUUGCUUUGAAUUCUGCACAUAAACACAAUACAAUAAUCAAUAAACAGCGGCAUCUCAAAGUA